AUGAGACAACAGAUAUUUCAACACAGACCCAACUUGUGCUUGUACUACGCUACAUUGAUGACAAAACACAGUGUGCAGGAAAGAUUUUUUGAGUUAAUUCCUCUGCAGUCAUCUACUUCUGAGUCCAUUGCUACUGCAUUAAAAGAGCGUCUUGCUGCCAUCAUUCCUGAGGAUCAGAAAAGCAAGCUAAUCUGCCAGGCAUAUGAUGGAGCCAGUGUGAUGAGGGGUGCCACUGCAGGUGUUCAGAGGAAAAUCAAAGAUGAGUACCCAAAUGCCCACUAUAUCCACUGCUAUGCACACCAACUCAACCUGAUCAUGCAACAGGCCACCUCUCACAUUUCCAAGCUGAGAAUUAUUUUUUCUGACCUGGGUGGAUUUCCCAGCUUUUUUUCCAGAUCACCCAAGCGUACAGCUGUUCUUCUUAAAAUGGUGGCCCAUAGACUGCCAACAUCCAGCAAUGUCAGAUGGAACUUUCACAGCCGAGCCAUCAACACUGUGUUUGAGCACAGACAGGAUCUCAUUCAGUGUUUUGAGAACAUAUGCGACUCGGGUGACUUUGACCCCAAAACCAUGAGAGAGGCAGGAGGCAUGGCCAUGCUGCUGGAACAUCAGGAUUUUAAGUUCUUUCUGGAACUUUUUCACCACAUCAUGCCACAUGUGGACCUCCUCUAUGCCAUGCUCCAGAAGAAGAACAUAGAUGCAGUCCACAUUAAAGGGAGCAUCCAGCAGUUUGAACAGGACAUACAAAACAUCAGAAAUUCUCGCCAUUCCAUGGGUGAGCAAAGCAGUGGUUCUCUGACAGCAAAGAGGCGUCGGGUACUCAGUUCAGAGGAUCGUCAAAAUGUUGCAGAAGAGAUCUGCAACACCAUUCUGGGACACACCAGGGAGCGCUUCUCCUUCACCGACCAUCUUGUCUGUGCAACCUUGCUGCAGGGGGACAGGUUUGAGGACCAUCAGGGGGCAUUUCCUGAAGAGACACUACAAAGCACGCUGAAGGCCUACAAAAUGCUGAAUGGAAGCAAACUGAAGACAGAGCUCAGUCUCAUCUACAGCAAAGUAGAGUUCAGAGCCUGUUGUGGUGCAGUGGACCUGUUCCAGCUGUUCAUGGAAAACAAUCUUGAAGAUGUCUUUUCAGAAACGGUCACUCUCUUAAAGAUCCUCAUCACCACACCCAUGACCACAGCUGAAGCAGAGAGGUGCUUCUCAACCUUGAAAAGAGUGAAAACCUUCCUCAGAAACACCAUGACCCAGGAGAGGCUGAAUGCACUGGCCAUGCUCUCCAUGGAAAAGAGACUUGUUUGUGAAAUGACAGAUUUCAAUCAGAAAGUCAUUGAAAAAUUUGCUGGCCUGAAGGAGAGGAGAGCAAAAUUUAUGUUCAAGGAGUUUAUUGUUGUGUUGUAAUCCCCGCCCGCCAGUGCGCCCCCCCAGAUUUUUUUAGCACCAGCCGCCACUGCUCCUGUAUGCUUGUUAGAGCUGCCAGAGCAGCUUGAAGGUCCGACGCAUGGAAAUAAUCUGACAUGUUUGUUUAUUUCCUUGUACUGGCACAUGUAUGUGACGUAAACGCGUACGCGACGUGAGCAGAUCUGAGCAGUGUUUUGCGUCUUGACAGUUUAGACGGAAACGCUACGGCGGAGCGUAUUCAACUUUUCCACCCUGGACGGUGGUUUCAGAUUUAUGCGUUUUCAUGCCCCCAAAACGCCGGCACCGUCUAAACGAAAGGCACUUCCGAUAAAAUAUUUUGUCGUUUUCACCCGCAAGCGUCCUCGUGUAAACGGGGCCUGAGACAGAAUAAACAUGAAACGGAUUUGACCAUGUCAUGUGGCCAAGUAGUUACUACAGAGUAUACAGAUUCAAUAUAACGAUGUAUGCUGUCCCUUUGCAAUUUCAAAAGGUUUCCCAGAUAGGUUAGCUGUAUAGCUAGCUGGUAGGCUAUAAAAAAUAAACCGAGUGGUAGCCACUUUCACAGGUCAGUUAAAACGAUGCUUGUUGAAAAGCUUUUGCUGGCAAACAUAGGCCUAUAGUUCAAAAUGACAUUACAAAAUGAGAUAACUGUUACAGUUUAUUUAGCAUUAUCAACUUAAUGGUUUUGGAAACAACUGUCUGUGUCUGACUCUGUAGUAGUGUUGGCUCGGUCGUUCGCGAACCGGUUCGAAUGAACGAGUCUUUAGGACGAACGAACCGAACCGGUUUGUUUCUCUCGUUCGUGUCGUUCACAAUUCGAUUCACCGGAAACUCGACUGAACGAGGUAGCACUAACUCCACUGAGUCUGACUGACUCAGCUGAGA